AUGUCCAACUUUGACGCUGGGGAGGAUCGUCCAUUGGAUGAUUGGACACUCUUCGGAGGCGUCCAGCCCUUUCUUUCCUUAGAUAACGGCACCCUCGCCGUCGUGCGAGCUCCUGCGACAUCGCGCGAUCUACUUCGACCUGCUCCGCUCACACCCCCGCCCCCGCUCCCACCCCUGCCUGAGCCCCCGCCCCCGUUCCCGCCCCCGCCCCCGCUCCUGCCCGUACCCCCGCCCUCGCACCUACGCACCCCUGCACCUACGCACCCCUGCACGCACGCGCGCGCCCAUCCCCCUGCCCGCGCACGCACCCGCGCACUGGCGCGCAACCGCACACAUCCGCACUCCCUGUGUUCGCCGUCGUCCCCGUUUUCACACCUGGAUGCUGCCCAACACCUGUAA